CCACAUCCCAUCCACGCCAUAUUCUUGUCACCUCUGAACGACACUGUAGGCUACCUUUUGUGCACCUAGAAAGACUUCCGCCACAUUGCAUAUCGGACAUCUGUUUGCGAAAGUAACUGUUAGCUAGUUAUAGAAAGGUGGGAUAGAUAUACUUGCCAUUUGUUUACACUUUCCUCGAGUAUUCGAGCAGUUGGGUAUAGCCAUGUUGCGACUCCUAAGACACCAGGCUAGAGGGACGAGGAGCUGCCUCUGUGGCCAGAGGCGCUAUGAGCAUCACAAGAGCGUCAUGGCCAUCCGGCGUGAGGACAUAAACGUGUGGGAGAGACGGGCGCCCCUGGCUCCGCGCCACGUUAAAGAGAUCGUCCAUGCUGGCCACAAGGUCCUCGUCCAGCCUUCCAACCGAAGAGCCAUCCACGAGAAUUAUUAUGAGAAAGCGGGGGCCAUCAUUUCCGAGGACAUUUCCGAGGCCUCGUUGAUCAUUGGCGUCAAGAGUCCUCCGGAGGAGAAACUUUAUCCCAGAAAGACCUACGCCUUCUUCUCUCACACCAUCAAAGCACAGGAAGCUAACAUGGGUCUACUGGAUGACCUGCUCAAAAAGGAAGUGCGUCUCAUCGACUAUGAGAAGAUGGUCGACGCCAAUGGCUUCCGUAUCGUGGCAUUCGGACAGUGGGCUGGCGUUGCAGGAAUGAUCAAUAUUUUGCAUGGUUUGGGACUUCGUUUUCUGGCGUUGGGACACCACACUCCUUUUAUGCACAUCGGUAUGGCCCAUAACUACAGGAAUGUCAGCCAGGCCAUCCAGGCAGUGAGGGAUUGUGGGUACGAGAUCUCCAUGGGCCUCAUGCCCAAGUCCAUCGGCCCAGUGACUUUUGUCUUCACCGGAACAGGCAAUGUCUCCAAGGGUGCACAAGAUAUCAUCAAUGAGCUUCCUGUAGAAUACGUGGAGCCUCAUGAGCUAAAAGACGUGUCUCAAACUGGAGACAUGUCCCGAGUGUACGCCACCGUUCUGAGUCGUCACCACCAUCUGAUGAGGAAGAGUGAUGGUGUUUAUGACCCCCUGGAGUACGAGUAUCACCCGGAACUGUACACAUCGCACUUUAGAACCAGUGUGGCGCCCUACACCACGUGCCUGAUCAACGGCAUCUACUGGGACCCCCAGACACCGCGGCUCCUCAGGCGGCUGGACGCCCAGAGGCUCCUGACGCACGUCAAGCCCUCCGCCGCCGCUACGGAGGGAUGGCCAGAGCUACCACACAAGCUCCUGGCGAUCUGUGACAUAUCUGCCGACAUGGGCGGCUCUAUUGAGUUCAUGACUGAGUGCACCUCCAUCGAUAAGCCCUUCUGUAUGUACGAUGCGGACCAGCACAUAGACCACGACAGCGUGGAGGGCACAGGUAUCCUCAUGUGCUCUAUUGAUAACCUUCCUGCCCAGCUCCCCAUUGAAGCCACUGAGUAUUUCGGAGACCGCCUCUUUCCCUACAUUUGGGAGAUGCUGCCCUCCGAUGCCACCAGGCCUCUUGAAGAAGAGGACUUCUCACCUCAAGUUAGGGAUGCUGUGAUAACGUCACAAGGAAAGCUUACCCCGAAGUUUGAAUACAUUGAAGAUCUUCGUGAACGAAGUGAGCAAGCCAAGAUCAUGAAGAGGAGUGGAAUGAAGCGAGUGCUACUACUGGGUUCAGGUUACGUGUCGGGCCCUGUCAUUGAGUAUCUCACCCGGGACCCAGGGACUCAAAUCACUGUUGCAUCAGUGUUGUUGACCCAGGCAGAGGAGCUGGCAGGGAAAUACCCCAACACGAUCCCUGUCAUGCUGGAUGUCACCAGUCAGGAGGGCCAUCUGGAGUCCCUGGUCAAAGACCAUGACCUAGUCAUUAGUAUGCUGCCGUACGGGUAUCAUCCUGUGAUCGCCAAACACUGCAUCAACAAGAAGGUAAACAUGGUGACAGCCAGCUACCUGAGUCCAGCAAUGAAGGACCUCCAACAGAGUGCUGAGGAAGCUGGCAUCACCAUAGUGAAUGAGAUGGGCCUGGACCCUGGCAUCGACCACAUGCUGGCUAUGGAGUGCAUCGACCAAGCCAAGGCGGACGGCUGCACUAUUGAGUCAUACAGUUCAUUCUGUGGUGGACUCCCUGCACCAGAAUGCUCAGACAAUCCUCUGCGCUACAAAUUCAGCUGGAGUCCAUAUGGAGUCCUCCUCAAUACCAUCAGCCCUGCCAUCUUCCUCAAGGACAACGAGGUGGUGAGCAUCCCAGCGGGCGGCACUCUGAUGGAAUCCACGGCUCCCAUGGACUUCCUGCCCGGCUUCAACCUGGAGGGCUUCCCCAACCGCGACAGCACCAAAUACUCAGAGCAGUACGGCAUCGAGUCAGCCCACACACUCAUCAGAGGAACACUCCGCUUCAAGGGUUUCUCCCAGGCCAUGAGUGGCUUUGUGAAGCUGGGUCUGAUCAACACUGACCCCUGCCCCAUGCUGAAGCACACCUCCGCUCCUGUCUCCUGGAAAGAGUUGCUGUGUAACCAGAUUGGCCUGCACCCCUCCACCUCUGACAAGGCCUUCGAGGGAGCUGUUUACGACCGCAUCGGCCAAGACCCCUUCAAAAUGGAAACCCUCAAAUGGUUUGGUAUGCUGAGUAAGGAGGCUGUUCCUCAUGCAGAGACUGUGCUGGCGUCACUGGCUAAGCACUUAGAGGCCAGGCUCUCCUUUGAUGAAGGCGAGCGGGACAUGAUUAUCAUGAGGAACGACGUGGGCCUGCGUCACUCUACAGGCGAGCUGGAGACCAAGCACAUCAGCCUGGUGGUCUACGGAGACCCCAACGGCUACUCUGCCAUGGCCAAGACCGUGGGUUACCCUGCAGCCAUCGCUGCUCGCAUGGUGCUGGACGGAGAAAUCCGUACGAAGGGACUGGUGGUGCCAAUGACUAAGGACAUCUAUGGACCGGCACUGAAGAGACUGCAGGAGGAGGGCCUCAAGUUCACCUCGAAAAGCACCAUCCAAGAGUAGUAACUCAUGAGUCAUCAGCAGUGUCCCAAUAGUGUUUGUUUCUUUUCCUGGCAUCCUCCUCCAUCUGCACUGAUCCCCCAAAAAGACCCUACAUUUUUUAUUCUUCAUUUCAAUUCUUUCAGAACAGUGCAGAUAAAGGGAAGGCGAUGAAGAAAGGAAGCUAUUUUAGUUGUAACGCAACACCGUGUGAUAUACAGCCAAUCAGUGGCUGGGUACCAGGCCACAGAGAAAUGGGAUGCAUCUCAAGUCUCAAGUUACUUUCUUUGUUUGUCUCCUGUCCUUCAUCUGUGCUGAUCUGAGAAGGCAGGGUGGGGGAAGGCAAUCUGGUAGAAAUCCUCAGGAGGACAGGAUAUGAGGGGAAGCAAGUUGUGGCUAUUGAGAUGCACCCUGAAUUCUGGAUGCUUUUGAAACAAGCAAUCUACUUUGUGUCAAAUAGAACCAUUAGGUUGUAUGUGAACAGUUUCCAAGCACUUUGCUUCUUUUUAAUUAAGGCCGUACCAUUCUUUACCUGGAGAAUCACAACUCCCUGAGUGUCGUUAUAACAUAACGAUCCUAUAAUCUGCACAGACCUUCUAAGCGAAAGCGUCUCGUCUGUCCUUGACCGUAACGUAUGCUUUUCCUGAUGUUGAUCACCUGCUGCACAGUUCUGCUGAUCUUUACAUAUUGAUUUGGUUACCUGCUCAUUGUAGAUGACACUCAGACAAUCAAGAUGCUAUAAAUAUCAGGAGUGAACGUGUACAGUACCUGCUCAAAAAAAGACCAGUGAAUAAGUUUGCGAGUGAACAGCACUAAUAUAAUACCGUAGCCUGGACAGCUUGCUCAAAAGAACAAGUAGUUGUAGUCACUCACCAAGAGCCUCUGAAUUUAAAAAACAACAACUUUUUUACUCCGUGACCUGCAUCACCGGUCAACCAUAGCUCAUACCUACCAUGUCUCAUUUUCGGGUAAUAGUUUUAAAUCAAUCUACUGUAUUUGUGUACAAUUCAUUCUAAGUAGUGUGCAGAUAUAUUUUAAGAACAAAAAAAGAUUUAUGUUGAAUCCUAUUUAAAGAUCUCAAACACUAUUUGUUGAGUAAAAUAUCCAAGUGUAUUUAUUUUCUGGAUUGGAUAUAAAUGGUCUCCAGUGCUGCAACAUUGUUUCUGCGUAAUUACAUGGUUGAAAUGUAAGAUUGAGAUGCCUAUUUGUUAUCAAUGCCUAUGUAAGCAAAUAGAUUAUAUUGGUCAAUAUAAUCUAUCAUCCUAUUGAAACAGAUAUACAAGUACACCUAUUUUUUUUUUUAAAAGUUAUUUAACCAGGUAGGCCAGUUGAGAACAAGUUCUCAUUUACAGCUGUGACCUGCCCAAGACAAAGCAAAGCAGUGCGACAGAAACAAGAGUUACACAAGUACAGUCAAUAACACUAUACAGUGGGGCAAAAAAAGUAUUUAGUCAGCCACCAAUUGUGCAAGUUCUCCCACUUAAAAAGAUGAGAAGCCUGUAAUUUUGGGAUCAUUGUCAUGCUGAAAGACCCAGCUACGUUUCAUCUUCAAUACCCUUGCUGAUGGAAGGAGGUUUUCACUCAAAAUCUCACGAUACAUGGCCCCAUUCAUUCUUUCCUUUACAUGGAUCAGUCGUCCUGGUCCCUUUGCAGAAAAACAGCCCCAAAGCAUGAUGUUUCCACCCCCAUGCUUCACAGUAGGUAUGGUGUUCUUUGGAUGCAACUCAGCAUUCUUUGUCCUCCAAACACAAGUUGAGUUUUUACCAAAAAGUUAUAUUUUGGUUUCAACUGACCAUAUGACAUUCUCUCAAUCUUCUGGAUCAUCCAAAUGCUCUCUAGCAAACUUCAGACGGGCCUGGACAUGUACUGGCUUAAGCCAGGGGACACGUCUGGCACUGCCACCAAUUGAGCAAGUUCUCCCACUUUUAUAUAUAGAAAAAUCAAUGUACAGUGUGUGGAAAUGUAGGGAGGUAAGGCAAUAGCUAGGCCAUAGAGGGGAAAUAAUUACAAUAUAGUACUGGGUCAGACCCAAUUUUGCCUCCAGAACAGGCAGAAUUUUUCGGAAUGGAUUCUACAAGGUGUGGUGGUCAGACGCUCAAUUGGUAGCAAGGGACCUAACGUGUGCCAGGAAAACAUUACCCACACCAGUACACCGCCACCAGCCUCUACUGUUGACACCAGGCAGGUUUGCUAUGUCUGUAGAACUUUUUAAAAUUUGUUAACAGGGUGGUGUACCAAAAACUGUCCACUGAGUUUAUAUCUGCUCGCAGAACAUAUUGGGGUUUUCUUGUAAGAUUAAACCCUUAGCAGUUGUUACACCGUUUGUGUAUUUCAUAGAAAAAUAAAAGGAAAAGUGAUGUGUGGAA